UGGUGCUUGCGAAGGCGAGGUCAUCAGUUCAAGGCUAACCUGAGCAACCUUAAGCUCAAACUGAUUGGCAAAAAAAAAAAGGAAAAAAAAGCUGGUAUUUUCGUCACUGCUUAUGUUGUGCCAGAUACAUGUAUUUGCUCACUUCACAAUGAGAGGGAAGUGACUAUGUGUGUCAUCAGUGAAGGAGGAUCAUUCGGGAAGCAUCAUCAAACACCACCUACCGAGUGCCAGGACCUGGGCGACUGGAAGCCUCGCCACAGGGAAGGAAAGUUUUUGGCUAUGAUAGGAAGACAGAGGAGAAAAUCAUCUGGACCCAGGAGUUGAGGAUGAGAUCACAGGCAUGGCACCAGGCACUGUCUGACUUGCAGAGGGAAGUCCAAACCUGUAUCUUCCAUGCCAUGCAAUAAGGGCUACACUGGAAGCCUGCACUGGAGCACAGAGCACAAUUUGGGGUCAACAGAUUCAACUCAGGUCUAAGUCGUCUGCCGGGACCCCGUCUACAGGAAACGAAGUCUCCCCGCCACCUUCCCUCCGCGUCCAGUUAUUUUCCCAACGCAAGACACCUUCCGCAGAUGCGAAAUAUGCCCUUCCUAGGGAGCAAAGAUUACUGGGAUGACCGGGGGACAACCUUCCCACCCGCACGAUUCACCAUCCUCCCAGUGCCUCAGACGCAGGGUCCCCACCGCCACCUACCACAGCCUACGGCACUGACCCAGCUCACAGUUUGAACUGCUCAGGUCGGAAUGGAAACCACCGGAAACGGAAAUUCACUGUUGCGCAGACUCCCAGAGGGAAACAAGAAGAGGGGAAAAAAGAGAAGACCGGGGGACGACUUUCAGAAGAGAAACGGAAGAGAGACUCUCGGACAGCUGAGUGUGGGCGCAGGCGCCGUCUUCGAAGUGCGUUCCACAGAUCCACAUCUCUGCCAAUUCCUCCCCACCCCACCCUUGGAAUCCGAGGCCUCAACUCCCACGGUGGGACUCCCCAGCCGCGUGCACCACGCUUGCCCGAGUCCUCCCCGAAGGCCAGGGCGGCCGUGCGACCUGACGCCGUGUCAAUUGGUGCGGUACAAAGGAAGGAGACAUAUUUGGUCCUGGCUGCCCGGGAGUCACCAUGCCCGGGAGUAAUGGACUAUCGCUCGACUGGGAGUCCACUUCCUCCUCUUUAAAGAUGACAGAUAAGGGGCAACUCGCUUCUGGGGUGCCCUAAAGCCGUCUUUUGGCCGGGCGCGGUGGCUCACGCCUGUAAUCCCAACACUUUGGGAGACCGAGGCGGGAGGAUCGCUUGAGCAUAGGAGUUCAAGACCACCCUGGGCAACAUAGGGAGACCCAGGUCUUGCGAGAAGAAAAAAAAAAAAUUAGCCAGCGUCGUAGUGGGUGCCUGUGGUCCCAGCUACUCUGCAGGCUGAGGGGGAGGAUCGCUUGAGCCCAGGAGGCGGAGGUUGCAGUGAGCUGAGGUGGAGCCACUGCACUGCAGCCUGGGCGACAGAGCGAAACACUGUCUCGAAGAAAAAAAUAAAUAAAUAAAAUAAGGCCCUCUAUUGCCAGGACCGACAGACUGAGGGCAGGGACAAACUGACCCAGCCUAAACUGCCUUGCCUUCCCUGCUCCUGGGAAAGGGGCUUUCCCUGAGGGAACAUAGCAUGUUGCCAUUUUCUUCCUGCACAGCUUUGCCUUCCCAGGCCUCCGCCCGUUCACACCUGAGGAAAUGCCUUGAAGUCCAUCUAACCCCCAGCCCAGCUACCAGGGACACUAGGUCCUGAGUUUAGGGAGUGGGGAAGAGGAAGGAGAGAUGGAGACAGGCGUGGACCAAGAGCCACUCAGAGCUGACAUCCUGGAAAGGAAGCCAGGCUGAGAUAAGGGCAAGGCAAAGAAAUAGACACUAGCAAGGAUCAAGCCAGAGCAGGGCAGGGACUGGGGACAGAGCCCGCCCCCAUGCGAAGCUGUCACAUUGCUGGUCCGGUGGCCUCUGACAGCAGCGCCAUCUCCAGUUGGAGCCUCCCGCCUCUGGAUCCUGUCACUGUAACUUUGCUUUGUUACUUAGGCAGACAGCAGCGGUAACAGGCAGGGAAGAUGAUGCCCAGGGCAGCUGGCCGUGCCAUUCCUGUCCGGCUGCCAACCCACCCCUCACUGCCCAUUUCAUCACCUGGGGGAGUUCAGAUGAAACCAGCUAUCAGCCUAGCUGCCCUUGCCUCCUAGUGUCACACUGGAGACGAGGGUAGCAACUGGCCUUCCUCCCCAAGGGGUGGGUAGGUUAGCAGAGACCUGGAGUCUCUGCUCCCAGGCACUAUUAGAGACAGGAACCAGCAUAUGAGACGGGCUUGAGGAGAAGGUUGGAGAAGACACAUUUUUGGCAUAAACCGGAGGCCCCUCUCUGCGCUCACUGAACCGGCGCCCUGCGCAGUGUUGAGCCUGCCCUGGCCGUGCCCACCUGGGAUAGCCCCUGAGCGGUGGCCCGCCAUACUCGGUGGGGAGAGGUUCACGCUGCUCCUCGCCAUGCUUGGUGGCGGAUGCAGUCUGGCUUGGGGGUCCCGCAUCAAACAUGCCCCGCCAGCCCUGGCCACCAUUUCGGAGGGGAUGCCCCAGGCUGCGGUUCUGGGACUAGCGGGCUGCCGGCAGGGAGGCGGCUGCAGCUCCGGAGCCAAGAGAUGAAGCAGAUCCCAGAGCCAACUCCGCAGCCGCAACUCCAGCUUUGUUCGUGGGUCCGGGAUGCAGCGGCCUCCAGUCACCCCAUGGACGCACCGGGUCCGCCUAGCCACCGCAGCGUGGCCCUGGCUUCCCGGAUCUGCGAGAUUCCCGCCAGGGCCGGGCCUGUCUGGCUGCGAGGAGGAAGGCGUGGCCCUGGUGGGGAAGGGGCAGGGCUGCGGCUCUGGCCACAGGGCAGGGGCAGAGAAACGACGCCAGUGUCAUCCGGGCGCCCAGCUCCCUCCCGCCUGGGCCAGAAGACCCCGGGACCACUUGCGGCUGAGGGCCCACAGAGCCCUGGAAGUCGGGGGCGGGGGCGCCCUGGGAAGCGAGGCGGCCAGGCUCUACGCCGGCAGGACUCAGAUUUCAUCGCUGGUUUUGAAAUUGUGCUCGCGGAGCCCGGGACGCUGGGAGAAGCAUUCUGCGCCCCUCCGGUCGUGGUCUGCGCAUUAAACCGACUUCCAGUGCUGCCUCUGUUCCCUGCACGGGAGGGCACCGACAUCCCACGAAGUCGCAGGUCCUCAGCCUACUGCCCGCCCCCCUUGCAACGGAUGCCGGAGGGGACCCCGCCUCGCUGCGCUGCCCCCUGGCGGCUCAGGCGUCCACUUCAGGCGGGAGCGGCGGCUGCGAGGCUUCCAGGAGCCCAGGCCCAGCCACUGAUGAAGAAGCGCUAGUGGCUUCGAGGUCGCGGCUUCCAGAAAUCCGGUUAUAGAGCGAGGCUGGGGGUCAGGUUCCAAAGGGACAGUGCCCCGUCGUACUCACCACCCAACCCGCCGCUUCCGAAGCCACAAGCCUAGGGUGAAGCUGUUGGGUGGACUCGGCGGAUGAGGGGCGGUGAGGGAGUUUGAGACCACAGGAGUUCAAGACCAGGCUGGACAACAUGGAGAAACCCCAUCUCUACUAAAAAUACCAAAAAAAUUAGUUGGGCGUGGUGACGGACACCUGUAAUCCCAGCUACUGGGGAAGCUAAGGCACAAGAAUCAAGUUCAAGACCUGGGAGGCAGAGGUUGCAGUGAACCAAGAUCACGCCAUGGCACUCCAGCCUGGGCAACAAGAGCAAAACUCUGUCUCAAAAAAAAAAAAAAAAAAAAAAAAUUGUCAGCCCAGAGGCACUGCCAUUCAGAAGCAGGCUUAAGCCAAGUCCUCGAGACUAGAAAGCAUGAAGCAGGGGAGGCGUUUUGAACGCUUAUGGACAAAAGACCGUGGGCAUGGAUGGCUGAGUCCAAGGAUCAGCAUCUUAAUUUGUUGAGAAGGAGGCUGUGCUGAGCUGCCAGUUAUUAAUGGGUUUAAUUGGUUGAUACAUGGCCCUACUACUGGCCUAACCAGUAGCUCAGGGCCUGGAAGGAUCCACAGGACAUGUCAGAAUUUGAUUGCAUUUCCUUCUGCUUGGCAUAAGGAGACAAGGGGCCCAAGAGGUAAUCUUCGCGAAGAGGUAACUCAGCUUUUCCAGAGACGAUGUUCACAGCCCCUUCAUGGCUGUGAAUUUAAAAUCCAAACAAGACUUGGCAGGGGAUCCCAGCCCCCACUCCAUCUCAGAACUGCCUUCCUUGGGUAUCUGGAGAGAAAGAAGGGACUCAGCUAAGGGCCUUAGGGAUUCUCUUUGCAAAACUGUGUCAUUGUUGCCAUAGAUCAGGUUUUUAAAACUGGGUUUCACAGGGCCUAGAUUUUAGACCCAGAGGCCUUUUAAGAAACUGUUUCAGGUGCCUGUGCCCGCUUUGGCCUGGUACCCUCACCACAAGCUGGGAGGUCCCCACAAGAACCCAAGUCACCUCCUGGUGCUUGCUCUUGCACCGGGAACUCUGGUGUGAACUCUGCCAUCUCUCUCUCUGCUCUCAGGGCCAGUGUGCCACUCAGAACCGUUGGCUUAUCUUCAGCUUCCAGAGCUGAGGUUCCAGGGGCACAAUAGUCUUCUGUGCCCCCUUGUCCUCACCCCCAUCAAAUCCCAGCUGCAUUCAUGCUGUUUUGCUAUUGUGGU